AUGACGUUAUCAGCAUUUCGCACGGCGAUAUGGAUCCCUUAUCCAACCGCCAAUCCCGGCAAUGGAUUCUGGGGAGAGCAGACAUCAACACUCAACUUCUGCGAGGAGGACUAUGCAUUGUCGUCAUAUUGCGCUGAGUUUUGCAAUCAGACAGUUACAAAUGCAAUUUUCAUGUGGCUUGGCAUAAGAGGGAUUAUAAACUGCAUACAGCAGAAACACCCUUCAAUAUUCCUAAUUUCUUAUGUCGGAUACAUGGUCGUCGGAUUAGGCUCCAUCCUCUUUCACACGACGCUGAAAUAUCCAAUGCAAUUGGUCGAUGAGCUAUCCAUGAUAUACACGACAUGCCUGAUGAUGCAUGCAAGCUUCUCGUAUUCACGUUCACGGACAUUCUCAGCUCUCCUAGGCAUUAGUCUACUCUCGCUUGCUGGGUCGAUUACGGUUUAUUAUCACAUCACCAAGGAUCCUGUCUUCCACCAAACCGCUUAUGCAGCACUUACGGCAACUAUUGUUUUCCGAAGCAUGUGGGUAAUGGAAUCGCAGUUGCGGCCUGUAUUGAGUGCCCGCGAUCCAGAAAAGGCGUCCUACGUGCUCAACACAAUGUGGACUAUGGUAGCUACUGGACUCAGUAUUUUCCUUGGCGGCUUCCUAAUCUGGAACCUUGACAAUGUUUUCUGUUCCCAAGUGCGACAAUGGAGACACGCGAUUGGCCUUCCCUGGGCCGUACUGCUGGAGGGCCACGCUUGGUGGCACCUGAUGACAGGGUUAGGAGCGUACUAUUACAUCAUCUGGGGCAUCUGGUUGCGGCAGUGCCUAGAUGGACAAGACACCAAGUAUAUACUCGUCUGGCCGAGGCUGUUAACAUCCAUCCCGUAUUUAAAGAGGAUAGAUGACGAUCAAUACCAGGACAAAAAGGUUCAAUAG